AAGUGCAGGAUGAUGCUUCAAUAUCAUGGAGAAAGAGGAAAAAACACUUCUUUAUUUUGAGUAAUUCUGGCAAACCAAUAUAUUCCAGAUAUGGAGACGAGCACAAGCUAGCAGGUUUUUCAGCAACACUUCAAGCCAUCAUUUCUUUUGUGGAGAAUGGGAGAGAUCGCAUCAAUUUGGUGAGAGCAGGAAAGCACCAGGUAUGUUUAUAUUUUCUCUGUGCUCAGGUAAAAAAUUAGUGUUUGUUGAGUUUUCAACUUGAUGAUAAAUACAUUAAUUAGAACAGCUUUAUCAUCAUCUUGGCUAUUUAAUCUUAACAUGGUAAUUGUAAAUUCCUAAUAUUAUAUCUUUCAUCUGAAAUAUUUCAAGAGUACAACAAAAGGAAGCUGCAAGUUGAUUUGCAGUGAACUUUGAAUAUAGCUGUCUUGUUGGUGGUUGUUUUAACCAUGGUUAAGGAUACAGUCCAAUCAAUCAGAGCAUAUUUAGUUCUCUUCGUGCUUGCAGAUACUAAUCUUCUGAUUUUGAUAUUACAAAAUCCAGUCCUUUUAGUUCUUUAAUCAGUAUAAUGAGACACUGACGAAAUUUUGUGUCCAGGUGGUCUUCCUUGUUAAGGGACCAAUUUACUUAGUUUGUAUCAGUUGCACAGAAGAACCAUAUGAAUCAUUAAGGGGCCAAUUAGAGCUUAUUUAUGGUCAGAUGAUACUUAUCUUAACAAAGUCCAUAAACAGAUGUUUCGAGAAGAAUCCCAAGUUUGAUAUGACACCUUUGCUUGGAGGAACAGAUGUUGUUUUCUCAUCUCUCAUCCAUUCCUUCAGUUGGAACCCAGCUACAUUUCUUCAUGCAUAUACUUGUCUUCCUCUUGCUUACGCAACAAGGCAAGCAGCAGGUGCUAUAUUGCAAGAUGUGGCUGAUUCAGGUGUUCUGUUUGCCAUACUGAUGUGUAAACACAAGGUAAAGCUUCCUAACCUCCCCUCCCCCUUUUUUUUGAAGUUUGGUACAUGGUCCUUGAAAUAUUAUUUGUAUUCAUGAUAAUCUCUUAUCUAGUUUUGGUAAACACUGUUUUCUGUUCAGAGCAUUUUGACGACUUGAAGCUUAUUUCAGGUUGUUAGUCUUGUUGGUGCACAAAAAGCGUCUCUUCACCCAGAUGAUAUGUUGCUACUUUCAAACUUUGUAAUGUCAUCAGAAUCAUUUAGGACAUCUGAAUCGUUCUCACCAAUUUGCUUACCAAGAUAUAAUCCCAUGGCGUUUUUGUAUGCUUAUGUCCACUAUCUAGAUGCUGACACAUAUUUAAUGUUGUUGACUACUAGUUCAGAUGCUUUCCACCAUCUUAAAGAUUGCAGGUAAACUUUGUUUUCUUAGUUUGAUUGUGGCAUCAGUAACUUGAGAUGUUUAGAAUGAAUGGGAAUGUUGUUCUAUCAUUGGCUUAAAGUAGAAAAUGUGUUAACUUGUGUGCAGAUUAUAGUACACUAUUUUCUUCAUUGUUAGACAGAUGACAAAUUUGACUGCAAUUGUUUAGGAUACGUAUAGAAAUGGUUCUUUUGAAGUCAAAUGUUCUCAGUGAAGUUCAGAGAUCUGUGAUAGAUGGUGGGAUGCGUGUUGAGGAUUUAGCCACUGAUGCAUUGCCACGAUUGGGAUCAUCUCCUCAUCUAGGACACCAUAGGCUCCCAACAGAUUCUCCUGAUAGAUUUAGGGAACCAGUGGUUGGCACUGGUGGCCCUGGUGGACUUUGGCAUUUCAUUUAUCGUAGCAUAUAUCUGGAUCAAUACAUAUCCUCAGAGUUCUCACCACCACUGACCACUGCCCAACAACAAAAAAGGUGGCCCUGAGUUUUUCUCUGACUUUAUUGGAAGUUCUUUCAUGGUGAUAGAGAUUCUUGUUGUUGGCUUUGUUGCUGUUUGAAAUGUGUUAACUAGUUUCUUCCUUUGCAGGUUAUAUAGGGCCUACCAGAAACUUUAUGCUUCCAUGCAUGAUAAAGGAAUAGGGCCCCACAAAACUCAGUUUAGAAGAGACGAAAAUUAUGGUAAUUAUUUGGUUUUGUUGACAUCUUCAAAUAUAAAAUGAUGGGUAAAAGUUACAUUUAUCAGAUUUUCUGAUGUCCUCUCAUAAUUUCACUUGUAUAAGUUCAUCAGCAGAUGAACAGCACUUGUAUAUAUUUACAUGUUUUUUUCUACUGAAAGGCUUUACCAGGGAAUUUAUGUAAUCUCUUGAUGUGGCAGUUUUACUCUGCUGGGUCACCCAAGAUUUUGAAUUCUAUGCGGCAUUUGAUCCACUGGCAGACAAGGCAGUGGCAAUAAAGACUUGCAACCGGGUUUGUCAAUGGGUGAAAGAUGUGGAAAAUGAGGUCUUUUUGCAGGGAGCAAGCCCUUUUUCAUGGUGAUGUUGAUUUUGUAACAAAAAAAAUUGUACUCUACUUUUGUUUUAUCCAAUAUAGUCCCCUCCCUCCUAGAUGAAUUUUUUUUUUUUCCCACACAAUUAAAAUGCUUUCAUACCAAUAGUUAAUCAGUAUAAAUUUCAAUGAUUCAUCUUCUAAAGUUAUGUAUUCUUGUUUUUAUUUGUAAGUUGAAAGAAUGCAAUAAGUCAUUUGAGGCAGAACUCUUAUCUUUACCCUUUUUCUCUAUUCUGAUGUAUGAACAAGGAAAAAGUGGUAUGCAAGUUGGAUUAUAUCGGACUGCAAA